UGCCCUCACCGAAGAUGGCGGCAGUGGAGAAGCGGCGGCCGACUGUGGUCCCGGUGGCCGGUUUCACGGACGGCGGGCGGCCGACGGUGUCCCGCACAGCGGCAGUGGCCGAGAGUGAGGAGGACUUCCUGCAGCAGGUCGGCGUGACGGAGAUGCUGCGCGCAGCCCUGCUGAAGGUGCUGGAGGCGCGGCCCGAGGACCCGAUCGCCUUCCUGGCGCACUACUUCGAGAACAUGGGCCUGCGCUCGCCCGCAAACGGCGGCGCCGGGGAGCCCCCGGGCCAGCUCCUGCUGCAGCAGCAGCGCCUGGGUCGCGCCUUGUGGCACCUUCGCCUGGCUCACCACUCCCAGAGGACCGCCUUCAACAACAAUGUCAGUGUGGCCUACGAGUGCCUGAGUGCCGGGGGGCGCAAGAAGAAGCCAGGGCUGGACGGCCGCACCUACAGCGAGCUGCUCAAGCGCAUCUGCCGCGAUGGCGAGGCCCCCGAGGAGGUGGUGGCGCCACUGCUGCGCAAGAUUCAGUGCCGGGACCACGAGGCCGUGCCGCUGAGCGUCUUCCGCGCCGGCAUGCGCACCUGCUUCGUGCUGCUCGAGUUCGUGGCGCGGGCCGGUGCCCUCUACCGGCUGCUCGAGGACCCGGGUUUGGCCGCGGCUGACCGCCGCGUGGGCCAGGCCGUGCUGGACACGCUGGAGGGCGCGCUGCAGGCCGGCGACAGCGACGCGGGCGCUCCCACGCGCUACCUGGAGGCCGGCUCGCGCCUCGGCCCCGACAGCCUGGCGCUGGCCAUGGACCGCGCUGUGGUGGCCCGGCGUCCUGGCGUCCCCAUGACCCGCGAGGAGUUCCUGGAGAAGGCUGCUGCCCUCUUCAUCGCCAAGGUCAAGCCUGUGGGCUGAGCCCUGUCUAAUCCCCAUCACCCCACCUGCCUCCUCCACCUACCACCUGGAAGUCCUGAGGUCAGAACAGCUCACCUGCUCAGGGAGGAGGGUGGGCAUGGGACUGGGAGGGGGUGCCCUGCAUGGAGGGGACCUUCCCGUGCCCAGAUUGAUGUCCCCCAACCCCAGCGAGGAGGCUGAGCCCCAGGAAUGGCCUUCUCCCCGUGCUCUGGCUGCACCCUCCCAGACCCUACUCCGUUCACGGGUUCUCUCCACGGCAGUAAUAAAGCAUUUGCAGGUCUGCCCUAGUGUGUGCGUGUUCCGGGGGCACCCCAUCCCCCGCCCCUGGAGACAUCAGGGAUAGGCCAGGACUGUGGCGGGGGGCUCUAUCAGCCGUUGUCCCCACUCCACCAGCCUGGAGGGUGCCUGGCCCCAGCCCACCCUGCAGUGCUCUGGAUCUCUGCUCAAGCAGCUGGUCCUUCACUCAGCCUAUUACCCGAGCUGAGCAAAUGAUCGUGGUGACGAAUGUGAGGGCUGGCACGGUGCAUGCCUGCAGUGUCUUACAGAGCUGUCACUAGGGCCCUAGAAGGAGGUUGAUUACCACGUGCCUGUGGCAGGUGGGGAAACCAAGGUCUAGGGGCCUGUCUUAGACUGGGUUCUCUAGAGAAGCAAAACCAGUAAGGCAUAUAAAUAUCUACAUAAAGAGAUGUAUAUCAAGGAAAUGGCUCACAUGGUUGUAGAGAAUGAAAUGUCCCAAGUCCCUGGGUCAGGCUGGAGGCUUCCUCUGAUUCACAUAGCCACAGGGCUGGCCAGCCCAAAAUUGGCAGGUCUGACAGCAGGGCUCUUGCUCACAGGCUGCGAAAACCAAGGAAUUCAUAGAUUGGCAGGUAAGCUGCUAGCUCAAGUCUCAUGAACUGGAGGUCAGAAGAGCAGGAGCCGGCUGCAUGAUCCAGAGGGAGCAAAACCCCAGGAGCCUUGCCAAGAAGUCCACCUGUAUUGGAUGCAGGUCACACCCCCAAAGAAGCUCCCCUUCAACUGAUUGGCUCCUCACAGCAGAUCCUGUCAUGGAGGUGAUCCCAUCAUACCACCAUGAAACCGUAUCAUAACUGCCGGCCACUGAGAAUCAUGGCCCAGUGAAGCUGACACACAACCUUAACAGUCACAGGCCCCAUGCUGCCUCCCUCACAUCGGGGUCUGCUCAGAAGCCCCAUCCAUGAGAUUCAUCUAGUGUUUACUGAGCUUCAUGGCUCACGGUGGCAACUGCCCAGUACACCUCACACCCGAGUCCCUCUGGGGUCAGGCUGACUUUGCUCCUCAGACAUCACCGCCCACCCUGUCCCUGCUCACCCUUUCCGUGGGUACCUAUCACACCUAGUCUUGGGCCCAGAUGCCCUGUUCUGACCCUUGCCAAUGAAGCUCCCAGAAGCUGCCUGCCUGCCCUGCAAACCUCUCCCUCUCGCAGAACUGUCCUUUCCUGCCUCCACGUGCUCCUGCCUCCCAGGAUGGCCCCCCGGGACUCCCAGAAGGCUCCUCGUCCCAGCCACUCUGGGGGAAGGCCUUCCAGCCAUCCUCUCAACUGUCCUGUGCCAUCCAGGAGCCUCCUCCUUUCUCACAUCCUCCUCCAAGGCCCACAGUUUCAUUAACACCUGCUGGCCAAGGAGUCUCAAGUUCACCUCUCAGGCCUGGACAGGGCCUUCCUUCAGCCCAGGGUGCCACCCACUUCUGGUGUAUCCAUGGGGAAGCCUCAAGGACACUUCAGAUUCCCACCCAAGAUGGAGCUUCACCAUCCCCCCACCCCCCAAUCCGGGGCUGCUCUGGAGUUUCUGGUUUCUGUGGAAGGGCCUGAGCAGAUACCAGGAGGGUGGCCUAGGUGUUUCCCUGGUGUCCAUCCCACCAGCCAUCACCACAGCCAUAUCAUAACUUCUCACCCCGUUUCCCCAUCUCCAAGGUCACCACCACACAGCCAGUCAGAGCAUACCAGUCCCCAUGGGCUGCAGUGAUUGGUUCAGUUACAAGCAUGUGACUCCCAGCCAACCAAUGAAACAAAACCCAGGACUUUGUCUGGGAAAGUGGUACAGAGUGGCUGAGCUGGGGGGACCUGGGUCUGCAAUUCUGGGACCAUAUAGUCACCAGGGCCUGUGAAGGAGUCUGUUCUCAGGAGAGCCGAGCUGAGAGGCCCCCCAGCUUCUUUUCUUGCCUCUGUCCCCUUACUCACUCUGGCCGAGGCACCCCGGCCUCUAGCUUGUCCUUGAACAUUUCCAGGGCACUCCUAUCUCAAGGUCUUUGCACCUGCUAUUCCUUCACUCUGUAUCAGUGUCCCACCAGACCCAUAUAGCCGGGCCCCUCACUCCACUCUAGUGUCUGCCCAAAUGUCACCUCUUCAGAGACAACUACUGUCUAAAAUGGCCCUCCUGCACCCUGUCAUGCUGACCCCCUGCCUGUGUUCUUUCUACAUAGCCCUCAUCAGAACCUGACGCUGCUGCCCGUAGGCUUCCUCACUUGUUGACGCCCUCUCUCUCUGUCCAGACGGCAAGGAGUUUUGUUCCCUUGUUUUACAUUUCCUGCACUGCCCCCAUCACCCACCCCAUACUUCCAAGGCUGUAGGGCAUAGGUAGGAAGGCCAAUCCGUGGGAAAUCUCACAGGAAGUAUCGUGACUCAUUCUGUGAUUGUUUACCAACGGCUCCGUGUGCUUCUAUUUAACCCUCACUUGGCCCUCUGAUGUCACUGGCACUACCAGCAGCCCUGUGUUCCCAAAGGGUGUCAGCCAGAGAGCCCUGGUAACCGGUCACCGAGCUCAACGUCUUACAGGUGAGGAGGCCACCUCUGGGCCCCAGAGGCUAGCUGAGGGCCGAGGGGUGAAGCUCAGUGCUCCUCACAGAUGAGAAGACGAGAGGGCUGCUCUGCCCAGGGCUCUCUAGGCAUCUUGGCACCCCCCACCCCACCCUGCCACCUUUGACACUCUGAUUUCCUUUCACCAGACAGGUUUGCCUGCCUGUCCCCAGCUGUGAUGCCUGACUCAUAGUCCAGAGGCUGGCCACCUGGGGGGAGAGGUCACCACAGUUGAGGUGUUAAUACAGCAGUGGGCAGCCCAGUACAGCUGCCAGCAGGGCGGGGACACAGAUGGGGUGGCCCCACAACUACAGGCCACAGAAAACCACAUCCCCCUCACUGGAGUGGGUGUGGACAGUCGGAAGACGAGGUCACCACGCCCGACUCUCAUGACCAACUGGCCAGGCAAGGAAUGUGGGGGUGUGUGGGUCCAGGUUGGGAGUCAGCCAGGUCAGAGCUCAGCCUGGGGUUGGAAAGGAGUCAGGGCCUAGCCAGGAUCAGGGCCCAGCUGGGGGCUUCAGGGCUCAGCAGGGGUCAGAACUCAGUUCAAGGUAGGGGCUCAGCUGGGGUCAGAGCUCAGCAGGAGUCAGAGCUCAGCCAGGGGCUGGCUGAGGGUUGGGGUUCAGGGUAGGGUCAGCCAAGGUCAGGACUCAGUCAUCUAGAACUCAGCCCAGGGUCAGAGUUCAGAUGGGGCCAGGGCUCAGUCUAGGGUGGGGGCUGAGCAAGGGUUGGAGGGCGGCCUGGAGUCAGAUUCAGCUGAGGGUUUGGGGCUGUCCGGGCUGGGGCUCGGUCCCAGGUCGGGGUUGGGGCUAGGCCAGGAUGAGGGCUCCGUCCAGGGUCGCUGCUCAGUCAGUACUCGUUGAAUGAAAGCUCAACGUGCAGAGCCACUCGCUUCUUUGCGAACUUCACUGCGAGAGGCGCCUUUGCCAGUCUUUCCAGCGGCUCACGAAACCGGGUGGGCACUGUAACAGGACGCCCGGGCCGGCCCGGUGCUCGGGGACCCUGGCCUCCCGCGGGGCUUCUCCUCCACCCCUCGCAGCCCCGGGCUCCAGCCUCACAGCCUGCCUUCCUACCUGCCCUGAGGGCGGCACUAUUCUAGGCCCCUUCCCGGAAAACUGAGGCAGCGCCUGACUGCACCCGGGGCCCGGGCUCCCAUGUCCUGCCCUCCUCUCCCUGCUCUCGCCCCCCGCCGUCUGCGGGGCCAGGGCGAACCCACAGGCUCCACGGCCCAUCUCCUCGCUACAGAUGGGGAAACUGAGGCUAGGGGACGGCGCAGUCGGGCCAUCGAACACACCGCACCAUCGAGCCUGGCUCCAGCCAGCGCCCCCGCCAGGAGACCCCCCGCAAGUGAGAGACCUCCCCCAAGUCAGCGCCCCGCCUCGCCCGGCCCCGCCCCCUUGGGACGUCACAAAAAAGGCCCCCAAAGCUGCACGGGCCGGGCGGCCAGGCGCAGCCCAGCCC